CCACUUUGACCUACACGGUCGGUUUACGUUAAGUUCGAUUUAAGAUAUUACAAAACCGGUUAAGAGGUUUUCUUGUUGAUUAGGUUUGGAAUUGGAUCACCAGUAAACCGGCAUCGGCUUAGACUCUACUAAUAACGCGGGGAAAAAAAAAAGAAAACAAAAGGCUAUAAUUGGUUUAACUAAACCGGAUCGCCGACAUUUAGUAAGAUUUUCCCUUUUUUUUUGGACAACAGAAUCGAAAUAAGAUUUUUCUUAUUUUAUUACCGUUUACGUAGAAUCCAAUCCAUCACUAAUUUGUUGACUUAUAUAUAUACUGAGAGAGAGAUCAGAGUCCAUCGAUCACUUUGCUUUGUCCACACGCUAAACAAAACAAAAAAAAUCAACCUGAGUCUAUUUUUUUCACGAACGAGAAUGGUGAAAGGUACAAAGAGGAAGGCUACGAUGGAGAGAAUCACGAAACGCGAAUCUGCGGCAACGACUUUCACGAAACGAAGCUUCGGUCUCCAUAGCAAAGUCGCACAGCUCUGUCUUCUCAACGGCGCACAGAUCGCAGUGUUGGCAACACCUCCUUCUGCCAACUCCAACGUAAGCUUCUUCUCCUUCGGUCACUCUUCGGUUGACUCCAUCGUUACCGCUUUUCUCAAGGGAGAGAGACCUGCUGUCCGAGAAGAAAUAGAUGAUCACGAGGAGGACCUUGGGAUUUGUCUCGCAAGAAAAGAGUUAGGGUUGCCUCAGUGGUGGGAGGACGAUUCUUUUCUCAAAUCUAAGAAUCCCCAAGAACUGUCCCAUGCCAUCACCUCAAUGUCUAGGUUGUUGUCAAAAAUCAAUGAGUUGCGUGCUCAAGACGCAGAGGCAGAGCCUCCUCUGAAGAAACAGAAGAAGAAGAAGAACGAGGAGACAAUGAAGAAAACAGAACCCACGGUGGAACAAACCCUAGUUCUCCCGUCCGGUUCCAGUGACAAAACCCUAGAUUACAACAACAAUAAUGUUAUGAGAGAUGAGGAGCUUGAUCAGAUCAUGUCUACUUGUGAUAGUUUUGGUCUCCCACACAACAACAACAAUGACUCCUUGGACGAGAUUGAUUUUGAUCAACUAAUUGAUCUUGACUUCGAUUUUGAUUUUCAGUCUAUGAAUUCUUCUGACAACAACGAGACCAUGAAGAUGACAGAGCCCUUGGAUCAACCCCUCCUUCUCCCAUACGAUAUUUGUGGCACUCCAGACAACAACACCUUUUCAACUGGAGAGAUGAACUUGAUUGAUAUCCGUCAACUCAGUGGCUUUGACUUGGACACCAGUUCAGUAUUCGUUGGUGAUUCGCUUUUGGACUCUACAAUGAACUGCGUAGCUUCUGCUGAUGGGUUUAUGGAGGCUAACAGUAUUCAAGAGACUAAUAGUUCUGCAUUGAAUUCUGUGGCUUGUGAUGAUGAUGAUGCCUCUGCUGCUUUGAAUGAAGAAGACACCAACUUCUCUGAUUUUCUCACUCAAUUUCUGCAGUCUUGAAGAUAACAACAACACUAUAUGGUUUAUUAGUUAUUUUCAGUAACUUCUUUGUCUUAGUUACUUUUUAAUGUGUUUCACACUGAUGUAUGUAACAAAUGAAGGGUCUUGUUUGAUCUCUCAUCAAUUUUCCAUAUCGGUAGGGAAUUGAUCAGACUCAAACAGCUCACCUUCAGUUUUGGAUUAA